AUGUUCGAGAAUCUCUGUACCCUCCCCCUCUCGUCCGACCUCUUCGCCCAAGCCCUCCACCCCACGGAGCCCAUCCUCGCAGUCGGCCUCUCUAGCGGGCAUGUCCAGUCCUUCCGUCUCCCAGCCGUACAAGCCAGCUCCGACUCCGACGAUGAAGAGGACGCAAACACCAGUGUAAUUUCCACAGGCACCAACACCAUUGACACCGAAUGGCGCACGCGCAGACACAAGGGCAGCUGCAGAACGUUAGCCUACAGCGGUGACGGCGAGGCUCUCUACUCGGCCGGCACGGACGGGCUAUUAAAAGCGGCAAGCUCAUCCACUGGCCAGGUCGUCUCGAAAAUUCUCGUCCCGCUUGACCCUGCGGGCAGACUCGAUCCGCCGACCCUCCUCCACGCCCUCACACCGCAGACGCUGCUCCUCGCCACCGAUGCCGCCGCCCUGCAUCUGUACGAUCUGCGGGAACCAUCGAUUCUGGGAUCGAAGCCGAGCCAGACCCACCGCCCCCACGACGACUUCAUCUCCUCCCUCACGCCCCUCCCGCCGAGCAAGGAGAGCACAAGCGGACUCAGCAAGCAGUGGGUCACGACGGGCGGGACGACACUCGCGGUCACCGACCUGCGGCGUGGCGUGCUGGUUAAGAGCGAGGACCAGGAGGAAGAGUUGCUGAGUAGUGUGUUUGUGGGUGGGUUGCCGUCUAGGCCUGGACGGACUAAAGGCGAGAAGGUGUUGGUGGGGAGCUCGAAUGGUGUCUUGACGCUGUGGGAGAGAGGUGUGUGGGACGAUCAGGAUGAGAGGAUUAUUGUUGAUGGGGGACGAGGGGGUGGGGAGAGCUUGGAUGCGCUGGUGGUGAUGCCGGAUGGGGUAGGGGAUGGGGGGAAGAAUCUUGUUGUUGGUGUCGGGGAUGGAACGAUCCGGAUUGUGAAGCUAGGCCCGAACAAGGUCGUUGACACGCUGAGGCAUGAUGAGGUGGAGGGGGUGGUUGGACUGGGCUUUGAUGUGGAGGGCCGGAUGAUCAGUGGUGGUGGCUCCAUUAUCAAGGUCUGGGAGGAGAAUCUGAACUUGGAGGAGGACGAAGAAGACGAAGAGGAAGACUCCGACGAGGAAGACGCUGGCGGCAUGAAGAGAGCCAAGGGCGCCAGUGAUAGCGAUGACAGCGGUGCGGAUAGCAGCGAGGAUGAGAAUCGGGGUCGUAAGAGCCGCAAGAAGCGGAGGAAGGCGAAUCGCAACAAGAACGUUGGAAACGGAAUUAUCGGGUUGAAGGGCCUGGAGUAG